UGUGGGAAGAGAUUCACCUCCUCAGCAGGCAUUAAAAUUCAUCAGAGAACACACACAGGAGAGAAACCUUAUAGCUGUACUCAAUGUGGGAAGAGUUUUACUCAUUCAACCAGCCUGAUGUCACACCAGAGAACACACACAGGAGAGAAACCUUAUAGCUGUACUCAAUGUGGGAAGAGUUUUACUCAUUCAGCCAGCCUGAUAUCACACCAGAGAACACACACAGGAGAGAAACCUUAUAGCUGUGUUCAAUGUGGGAAGAGUUUUACUCAGCUAAGCAGCCUGAUAUCACACCAGAGAACACACACAGGAGAGAAACCGUAUAGCUGCGGUCAAUGUGAGAAGAGUUUUUUUACAUCUAGCCAUCUGAAGAUACACCAGAGAACACACACAGGAGAGAAACCUUAUAGCUGUGAUGGAUGUGGGAAGAGUUUUACUCAGCGAAGCAGCCUGAAAUCACACCAGAGAAUACACACAGGAGAGAAGCCUUAUAGCUGUACUCAAUGUGGGAAGAGUUUUGCUUACCUAAGCAGCCUGAUAUCACACCAGAGAACACACACAGGAGAUAAACCAUAUAGCUGUAAUGAAUGUGGGAAGAGUUUUACUACUUCGAGCAAUCUGACUCUUCACCAGAGAACACACACAGGAGAGAAACCUUAUAGCUGUACUYAAUGUGGGAAGAGUUUUGUUCAAUCUGGCAAUCUGACAGUACACCAGAGAACACACACAGCAGAUAAAUCUUAUAGCUGUAAUCAAUGUGGGAAGAGUUUUACUCAGUCAAACAGCCUGGUACAACACCAGAUAACACACACAGGAAAUAAAUCUCGAGAUAAUCUGAUAAAAGAUCUCUGAUCAAGUAAUAGAAAAUACAUACAUG